AUGACCGAUCGUGGGCACGCGACCUCCACUCAAUUGGAGGAAGAACUCGCCGACAUUCGACGGUAUGAAGACUUUAGCACUAUCGCACUGAUUGCCAUUGUUACCGACUGGUUGUCUGAUAUCAAACUCGGCUACUGCUCCACUGGUUGGUGGUUGAAUCAAAAAUUCUGUUGCUGGGAGAUCGAAUCGGAAGAUGGAAGUUGCAGUGACUGGAUAGACUGGAGUCAAGUGAUGCAUUUGGGUCCGGACGUUUAUAUCGUCAAGUGGCUAUUUUAUAUAUUCGUCGGUCUUGCCAUGUCGGUUGCUUCCAAUUUAUCCAUCGGCAAAGAAGGGCCGUCAGUUCAUAUGGCUUGCUGUGUAGGCAACGUUAUUUCGCGUUGUUUCCAAAAAUUUCGAACGAGUAAAGCUGAAAUGCGAGAAAUCUUGACGGCAUCCAGUGCUGCAGGUGUAGCGGUGGCUUUCGGUUCGCCUAUUGGUGGUGUACUUUUCGCGCUGGAAGAAAUGAGUUCCAUGUUUCCCAAUCGAACCAUGUGGAUGAGCUUCUUUUGUGCCAUGAUCGCGACCAUGGUGUUGCAGGCGAUGAAUCCAUUCAGAACAGGAAAGCUCGUCAUGUUUCAAGUGAGCUAUGAUCGAGAUUGGCACUUUUUUGAAUAUCUAUUUGUCGUUAUUAUCGGUAUCUUUGGCGGAUUAUACGGAGCUUUGGUGAUCAAGUUCAACUUAAUGGUGGCUCAGUUUCGAAAGAAAGUGUUGAAAGACUAUCCUAUUACCGAAGCGGCCGUGCUUGCCUUCAUUACGGCGCUGGUGGCCUAUCCAAAUGUAUUUUUACGUAUCGACAUGACCGAAAUCAUGGGCAUUCUUUUCCGAGAGUGUGAAGGUGCCGAAGGUGAAAAUUAUCACGGUAUUUGCCAGGAAGAUAAAGUUGGAUGGAUGGUGGCACUACUAUUUUUGGCGACCAUUCUUCGCACGCUCGGCACCAUUGUUUCCUACGGUUGCAAAGUCCCUUGUGGUAUUUUCGUUCCUUCCAUGGCAAUCGGUGCAACGUUUGGGCGUAUGAUCGGAUUGUUGGUCAAAGCAUGGCAAGCUGCCGAUCCGGAAUUCUUUUUGUUUGCUUCCUGCAAGCCAGAUGUGCCAUGUAUUACGCCCGGUACCUAUGCUUUCUUGGGUGCAGCCGCAGCCUUGUGUGGUGUCAUGCGUAUUACUGUGUCUGUUGUGGUCAUCAUGUUCGAGCUGACGGGCCAAAUUACUUAUAUUUUGCCAACCAUGAUUGCCUUGAUGAUUACACGUGCGGUGGGUGACUGGUUCGGCCACGGCGGGAUCGCUGACCGUUACAUCCGGCUCAACGGAUAUCCGUUCCUCGAGAAAGAAGAUUACGCGUUCGGCGUACCAGUGUCUCAUGUGAUGCAGGAAGAUCUCAUUGUAAUGACAGCAGCUGGCAUGCAAUUACAAGAUAUCGAGCAUAUUUUGAAAACGACCCCGUAUCAGGGUUUCCCCGUUGCACGUUCGAUGAAUGAUGCGCAUGCAUCUACCAUAUGCCGCUUCAAAUCUACUGGGGAAGACCCUGAAGUGGUCACCAGUAUGUCCGAUGACGAGCACGUCAUUCAGGGUUCUUCCGAUGUUCUUGAUUUCGGACCGUAUAUGGAUCAAACGCCUAUUACUGUGCAUCCUAAAUUGCACCUGGAAACCGUGAUGGAUAUGUUCAAGAAAUUAGGGCCUCGCGUAGUGUUACUUGAACAACGUGGCAAGGUCGUCGGUUUGGUCACUGUGAAAGAUGUGCUAAAGUAUAUGGCACACAUGGAAAACAAUGCUCCUAGUCGUGAGGAUAAUUACGAUGGGUGCAGCCAAGUGAUGCAGCAUUUAAGAGCAUGGAUCCACAAGCGAGACGAUCAACAUAUCACAUAUACUCGCUUAACCAAUCACUCUUCGAUGGACGAGAGCGAAAGCCACGAAUUACGCGGUCGAUAA